UCAAAUGAAAAUAGUUCUCAUAAAAACAAAACCAUGGAGGGACUGAGCGGGAAUUGCUUUGCCUCUCAUUACAGGGAUUUCAUCUCUCACCCUGCACUGGGACACCACUCUGGGAAUCUCGUGAAUCACCAGGGUAUCACUGCACAAGAUAUCGGCCGGCAGUGCCCUGCGCACCAGGUCUCCUCGGCCACAUCACUGAGCUAUGGAUACCCAUUUGGAAGUCCAUAUUAUGGAUGUCGUCUCUCGUAUCCUCACAACGUAAAUUUGCAACAGAAGGCAUAUUCCUUUCAUCCUGCCGAAAAAUACUUGGAGUCAAGCAGUGCACUGCCAGCUGAGGAGCUUUCCAGUCGGUCCAAAGAAUUGGGUAUUUACAGCUCUUAUCAGACAGUUCCCGGCUGUUCGGACGUCCCGGAUGUACCAGGAAUCAGUGCGCACCCAGAGUCACGGCAUGAAACUUUAAUUCCUACGGACAAAUAUCAGCACUGGGCAAUGUCGAACAACCGGGAUGAGCAACUAUAUUGUUCUAAGGAACAAAUACAUUUUAACCUCCUAUGGAAGUCCCAGUUUUCGGAUGUGGUGCCACACCAGAAAAAGAUUAAUGGGUUCCCUCGCGCUCGUAAGAAGAGAGUACCUUACAAUAAAAUGCAAUUAAAGGAGCUGGAAAAAGAGUACGCCGCCAGCAAGUUCAUCACCAAAGACAAAAGAAGGCGUAUCUCCGCCGCAACCAAUCUCUCGGAAUGCCAGGUGACCAUCUGGUUCCAGAACCGUCGUGUUAAGGAGAAUAAGUUGGUGUGUAAAUCAAAAUUAAGCUCCCACGUGCAUGUAAAUUGAACAUAAGUGGUGUUGUUAUGGCCGACAAGUUCUUUAUUAAUCAUUUAAUUUAAAAUCAAAAAACGUCUAAAAAAAAGUUGGCUUGCAAUUGCA